CUAUUACCCAAUUAACUCGUCUACCUAAUCUCCUCCACUUCGUAAAAAAUUCCAUUACUAAAGACCAUAGCCACUAUCUAGAUGCAUUUUUAACAACUUUUUCGAUAACACACCCAUUUAAAACUGCAUCCAGACAAGUCGCCCAUCUAGUCCAACAAUGGCCACCCUCACAAAAAUAUUUGCUUUUAUCUUAACCAGCUGUUUUAUCCUAAGUGUGGCGUUAGCCAACGCUCCAAUUUCACGCUCAUCGCGAAGAAUCCACAUCCCAUUUUUGGGCCUGGGCCCACGCUGCACUGGAUGUCCUCCGCAUUACUGUGACGACGACCCGGCCAUCAUUCACGGCUAUUGUUGCGGAUGUGCCAGAUUUUUUGACGUGCUGCCCGUCAAGUGCGGAGCUUUCGUGGACUGUCCUCUGAAUACUUAUGAUUUAUGCGAAGAUUACGAGUAUAUGAUGUAUUGUUGUUGCGAGUGAUUUCAUCGAUUUGGGUUUAUCGAAAAAUUGGCUUUAAAGAGUGACUAACUGUAAUUGCAAUGUUUUAAUAAUUGUAUGUGCAGAAAAAACACUGGUAAUUAAAAUUAAU